GAGGCAGCAGUACGUGGGGAAGCUGAAGUUUGCCUCCUUGGAGGCGUCGCAGGGUUCAAAGAAGCUCAUUGUGGCCACUGAGAAGAAUGUUGUGGCUGCCCUGAACUCCAGGAGUGGCGAAAUCUUGUGGCGCCAUGUAGACAAGGGAACUCCUGAAGGAGCAAUAGAUGUGAUGCUGAUUCAUGGACAGGAUGCCAUCACUGUGUCCAAUGCUGGACGUAUUCUGCGUUCCUGGGAGACCAACAUUGGGGGGUUGAACUGGGAGACAUCCCUAGACACUGGCAGUUUCCAGGUGGCUAGUUUGGUGGGGCUACAGGAUACGGUGAAAUAUGUGGCAGUCCUGAAGAAGGCAGCCAUUUCUCUUCACUACCUUUCCAACGGGCACCAGAAAUGGGUGGAACACUUACCUGAAAGUGAGAGUACUCAGUACCAGUUGUUGUAUUCCCAUGGGACUGGAGUGAUCCACGUGCUUGGAGUCGUUCCCCAGAGCCACUUGAACAUUUUAACAUUCAGUGUAGAAGAUGGAGAAAUUACAAAACAGAUCAGAGUGGCAGCCCCGUGGCUGAAGAGCUUAAACAGCGUGUGCGGCGUGGUGGGGGAGGCAGUGCUGGUGUGCAUGGAUGUGGACGCGCGUUCGCUCUAUGUUUGCUCCUUGGAGACGGAGCAGGAGAUGAAGCAGAUCCCGCUGCAGUCACUUGACCUGGAGUUUGCUGAUGGCUUCCAGCCCAGGAUAUUGGCCACUCAACCCAAUGUAGUCAGUGCCUCGCGGACUCAGUUCUUCUUGCAGCUGUCUCCAAGCCACUUCUCUCUGCUGCAGUACAAACACGGGCUGCUCAGCCACCUUCGGGACUUCCAGCAGGCAGCUCUGGUGAGUUUUGCAACAACUGGGGAGAAAACUGUGGCUGCUGUCCUGACCUGCAGGAGUGAACUGAAACCUGGAAGUUCUGAUGGCCUUCAUACUGGAAAUACUCUGGAGGAUUCCCGGAGGCAGGAAUCCUUAACCUGUUCCAAUCAAACCUACAAUAUUAAUCUCUACCUGGUUGAAACAGGACAAAGAUUGUUGGAUACCACAAUUACCUUUAACCUGGAGCAGAGCGGUGCCAAGCCACAGCAGCUAUACAUCCAAGUUUUCCUGAAGAAGGAUGACUCUGUGGGCUAUCGAGCCUUGGUGCAAACGGAAGACCACAUGCUAAUGUUCCUCCAGCAGCCAGGAAAAGUUGUAUGGAGUAGAGAGGAGUCACUUGCAGAAGUGGUAAGCUUGGAGAUGGUGGAUCUGCCUCUGACAGGCGCACAAGCUGAACUGGAGGGAGAAUUUGGAAAGAAAGCAGAUGGUUUGCUGGGGAUGUUUCUGAAGCGGCUGUCCUCCCAACUUAUCUUGCUGCAAGCCUGGACCGCUCAUCUUUGGAAGAUGUUCUAUGAUGCCAGGAAACCCCGCAGCCAGAUUAAAAAUGAGAUUAACAUUGACAAUUUGGCCAGAGAUGAAUUCAACCUCCAGAAAAUGAUGGUGAUGGUCACCGCUUCAGGAAAGCUUUUUGGUAUUGAAAGCAGUUCUGGCACCAUCCUGUGGAAGCAGUAUCUCAGGAAUGUGAGACCGGGCUCCUCCUUUAAGCUGGUGGUCCAAAGAACAACAGCCCAUUUUCCACACCCUCCACAAUGUACCUUGCUUGUUAAGGACAAGGAAACCAAAAUGAGCUUUCUGUAUGUCUUUAACCCCAUCUUUGGGAAGAGAAGUCAAGUAGCUCCCCCUGUUUUGAAGCGUCCAAUUCUUCAGACUUUGCUUCUGCCUAUUAUGGAUCAAGACUAUGCCAAAGUACUGCUCUUGAUUGAUGAUGAGUACAAGGUUACAGCUUUCCCAGCCACUAAAAAUGUCCUUCGCCAGUUAGAAGAAAUAGCUCAUUCUAUCUUUUUUUAUCUAGUUGAUGCCAAGCAGGGAAAACUCUCUGGAUUCAGGCUGAAAAAGGACCUGACAACAGAGGAGAGUUGGGAGGUGGUCAUACCCACCGAAGUACAGAGGAUAGUGACUGUGAAAGGGAAGAGGUCCAAUGAGCACGUGCACUCCCAGGGCCGUGUGAUGGGAGACCGCAGUGUUCUCUAUAAGUCCUUGAAUCCAAACCUGCUUGCUGUGGUGACAGAGAGCACAGAUACUCAUCACGAGCGAACUUUCAUUGGAAUAUAUCUGAUUGACGGAGUCACAGGUAGAAUCAUCCACUCAUCGGUACAGAAGAAAGCAAAAGGACCUGUCCACCUCGUUCAUUCAGAGAACUGGGUGGUGUACCAGUACUGGAACACGAAGGCACGUCGGAACGAGUUCACUGUGCUGGAGUUGUAUGAGGGGACGGAGCAAUACAAUGCCACAGCCUUCAGCUCCCUUGACCGUCCAAUUUUACCUCAGGUUCUCCAGCAAUCUUAUAUCUUUCCAUCUGCUAUCAGUGCCAUGGAGGCCACCAUCACCGAGCGUGGCAUCACCAGCCGUCACUUGCUUAUUGGGCUUCCCUCUGGGGCCAUCCUCUCCCUUCCGAAGGCUCUGCUGGAUCCUCGCCGCCCAGAGAUCCCUACAGAACAAAGCAGAGAAGAGAACCUGAUUCCAUACUCGCCUGAUGUGCAGAUCCAUGCCGAGCGGUUUAUCAACUACAAUCAAACCAUCUCCCGAAUGAGAGGGAUUUACACAGCUCCCUCUGGCCUAGAGUCUACUUGUCUGGUUGUUGCGUAUGGCCUGGACAUCUACCAGACCCGAGUUUACCCAUCAAAGCAAUUUGAUGUCCUAAAAGAUGACUACGACUACGUGCUGAUAAGCAGUGUCCUCUUCGGGCUGGUUUUUGCUACUAUGAUCACGAAGAGACUUGCUCAGGUGAAGCUGCUGAACACU